CAACCGAAUGUUUUUCUUUUUCCAGAAGAAGAGCUUGUUAUCGUCCAUCUUCUCUAGAAAAGGUCCGCGAACAGUCUGACUGGGGAAGAAUAAACUGCCAUUAUGGGAGCCGUUCUGGGACUCUGUUCCAUGGCUAGCUGGAUCCCCUGCUUGUGCGGUAGCGCCCCCUGUUUGCUCUGUCGAUGCUGUCCCAGCGGUAAUAAUUCCACCAUGACUCGCCUCAUCUACGCCAGCUUCCUGCUGUUGGGAGUGGCUGUUGCCUGCAUCAUGUUGAUGCCUGGCAUGGAGAACCAGCUCAAGAAGAUUCCAGGGUUCUGUGAGGGAGGUAUUGGUUCAUAUAUCCCUGGUCCAGAGGGCCAUGUGAACUGUGACGUUCUGGUUGGCUACAAGGCUGUGUAUCGGGUUUGUUUCGGAAUGGCCAUGUUCUUCUUACUGUUCUCUUUGAUCAUGAUCAAAGUGAAGAGCAGCCAAGAUCCCCGAGCUGCACUUCAUAAUGGAUUUUGGUUCUUCAAGUUUGUUGCAGCUCUUGGCAUCACUAUUGGGUCGUUUUUUAUCUCACAGGGACCAUUGACUACUGUGUGGUUCUACAUCGGAAUGGCAGGAGCCUUUUGCUUCAUCCUCAUCCAACUGGUUUUACUCAUUGACUUUGCUCAUUCCUGGAAUGAGUCCUGGGUGGAAAAGAUGGAAGAGGGCAACUCGCGCUGUUGGUAUGCAGCUCUACUUUCAGUCACUGCGCUGAACUACCUUCUGUCCCUAGUCUCUUUGGUCCUGUUCUAUGUGUACUACACCCAUUCUGAUGGUUGCACUGAAAAUAAGGUCUUCAUUAGCAUCAACUUGCUUCUCUGCGUCACAGCUUCCAUCAUAUCUGUUCUACCACAAAUUCAGGAAUCCCAGCCCAGGUCUGGCUUGCUGCAAUCCUCACUGGUUACACUUUACACCAUGUACCUGACCUGGUCUGCAAUGACCAAUGAGCCUGAUAGGAACUGUAAUCCAAGCCUUCUGGGUAUUAUUGGGUUGAACAGCACUACUCCUAAAGGUCAAGACCAUGUGGUUACGUGGUGGGAUGCUCAAGGGAUUGUAGGAUUGAUACUUUUCCUUUUUUGCGUCCUGUACUCCAGUAUUCGGAAUUCUUCAAAUGCCCAGGUCAACAAGUUGACUCUGACCACUGAUGAGUCUGCUUUGAUUGAGGAUGGGUGUCAGACGGACAGCUUUGAGGAGGGCAGCGGUCUUAACAGAGCUGUGGACAAUGAGAAAGAUGGGGUCACCUAUUCAUACUCAUUUUUCCACUUCAUGCUGUUCCUAGCAUCACUCUACAUCAUGAUGACACUUACUAACUGGUACAGCCCUGAUUCCAGUUAUGAGACCAUGACCAGCAGGUGGCCAUCUGUAUGGGUGAAGAUCACGUCCAGCUGGAUCUGCAUUGGCCUUUAUGUGUGGACACUGGUGGCUCCACUGGUCCUGGUCAACAGAGACUUUGACUAACAAGCACGCUUUCCUUCUGCUCACUAACAAAUUCAUGCUUUGUGUUUUGCGUGUUUUCUGUCAUCAGUUAUAGUAGAGCUAGACUGUUUUGUAGUUUUUGGCCUGUGCAGUCUGAGUGAUAUGUAAAACCUGUGUGCAUGUGUACAUUUCUGCUUAAUUUCCAGUAAGAUGAACCUUCCUUGUCUUGUUAUAGCUUGUACCCUGUUUUAGUGAGUCCUUACACUGAUGUAGUUGUAAAUAGGUCAAAUUUGUUCUCUGGUUCAUCCAAAGCGACUAAGCUAGUUAAUAAGCAUGUUUUUCCUUUUAACAAUAAAUGUAUCUUCAGCUUUUAUGAGUGUUAUGGCUUAAAUUGGCUCUAGCGCUCAACCUAACAAUCGUAAUCUCUGUUCUUCAAGACAUGUAAAAUGCUGUUCCACAGAAAGCGAGGCUCAAACAGCGAUAUGUCUGUGGAACUGAGAAAACUGUUCCACCUUUGUGCAUGAGCAGUGCUGUGUAGGUGUUAUCUGUGUUAUUUUCAACUUGCACAUAAAUUUUAUUUAAGCUCAUUAGUAAGUUUUUCAUUAGUUUUAUUUUUCAUAAAUAUACAUAAUUAGUGUUAUUAUAUAACCGAUGAGUGUUAAGUUUCUCAUAAGGCUUUUUAUCAUGUUUUCCCUCAACUAAAAUAAAGAGGAAAAAAAGCA